GCACCGAUAAAAAUGAAAAAGAAGCUUUUCGAUGGUUUCGAGAAUCUGCGAAGAAUGGUCAUACUCGUGCCCAAAACGAACUUGGAUUUCGCUAUGAAAUUGGAUCAGGACAAGGAACAAAGAAAGACGAAACAAAAGCUUUUUGUUGGCAUCAACACAAUGGAAUCUUGCCUUAUGCUAUCGAGAAGGCAAAGGUAUCUAUAAAGAUGAAAAAAAAGCUUUUCAAUGGUUUCGAGAAUCCGCGAAUAAUGGACAUACCCGCGCCCAAAGUCAUCUUAGAAGCUAUGAACAUGCUGUAA